UCUUCUCUUCUCCUCUCUUCUCCUCUCCUCUCUGCAGUCCGCAGUAAACCCACCUGCGCCUGUCAGAGUGCAGCAGACUGCAGUCUCCGUCGCACCGCUCCUCCCUGCGCUCCCCCUGGCAGGCGGAAAGCAAGGACGCGCGCACGCACACACACACACGGGACCAUGGAUUUUCUCUCAGCCUUUGCGGUCUUGGCCCUAGUGGUCUCAGCUGAAGGGAGUGUUGGACCGAGUACCAACUGCAGCUUCUGCACAGAGUCAAAGGAGUGUCUUGAAUAUGAGCUGGUCUGUAAAACAGAUGAGUACGAAGUGCGCCACUACAGCCCCACACGCUGGAUCUCAACAGACGCCGAAGCAUAUUUUAUGGGAGUGGGUGCAGCCAUGGCUUUCAGGAGACUUUUCCAGUACAUCACCGGAGCCAACGACGCAGGCAUCCAGAUGGAGAUGACCGCCCCUGUCCUUGUCAAGAUCCCAGAGGAGACCAAGAUGUGGGAUCCGGCCAUCUACACGCUCAACUUCCCGCUUCCUGCAGCCUAUCAGGACAAGCCGCCCGCACCCACUAACGACAAGCUGUAUUUCACCGAGAUGCCGGACAUGGAUGUGUACGUGAGGAGCUACGGAGGCUGGAUGCUGUCGGUCACCUCCAGGCUUCACGCCCACCUGCUGACCAAAGAGCUGGAGAGAGUCCGAGCCCCCUACAACCACAGCUUUCACUUUGGAGUUGGCUAUGACAGUCCCUUGAAGCUGCUGAACAGGCACAAUGAGGUGUGGUAUGUGGCCGAGGGAGAGCCCGUUUGCACCGAUCCACAGGAGCCAACUCCUGCCCACACUCCCCGGCCGACUCCGACCCACCUGCCCGCCGACCUCCCCUCCGACCCUCUCCCCCACACCCUCUCCGAUUCCCCCGACUCCCCGUCACUGCCUCCUCCCACUAACAUGUCCUCGAACGCGACGUCCAACUCCUCCUCGCAGCUUCCUUCUGACACCACCUCCCUCCCUCCAUCCGACGCUCCGCCCAGCCCGUCGUCCGGCCUGACCGUAGAACCCGCGUCCAGCCACCCGCCGACCGCUGGCCACAUCCUCCUGGACCUCGCCACCAACUCCUCCGAACCCCUGUCCGUGAGUCCGUCUCUGGAGCCACAGUCCGAUGCUGCCCUGCAGAACAGCACAGCCCACAUCUCUGUGGUCACACAAGCUGACAGCGACCCUGCGGUCGAGCCAGAUAGUGCUCACGAGCAACAGUCAGAUUCAGUUUAAGCAGCUUCUCCAGGUAUAGUAACAUGGAAUCUAAACAGGAAGGAGUGUCGAAAACUUGAUUGAAUGUAUGUAAUAGAUGGACAUGCUGUUCUCUUCUUCCUUAUCUCUAUUCCCGUGUAUUACACCAACUCCUCCUUAAUGGCACUUAGUGUUUAACUAUAUGUUCUAUCACGGCUUUGCAUCUGCAGCUUCUUGUAUCACUCACACACGACCUUUCCCCCUUUAUCGCUCUGUGGUUAUCAAACUGCUACUGCGCCAUAGAAUUAAGUAAGAUGUAAGUAAGUUAGUAUCCAAAGUUAUUGUGUUGAUUCACAGAGCUAGCACUGAAGGCAGAUACAGAUGUAACUCGACGAAUGAGAGGAAUUCAGUGGAAACUUGGUGUGUAGUUCAUUAUAUCCAUUAUAUCAGAGGAGACUUAAGUAUCUUAAUGUGGAGUAUGAUGCUGUGAUUCUUUAAGCUGUCCGUCCGGCCAUAGCUUCCUACAGUUCCAGCUUCAUCAGUUACGUUUAUCAGAUGUGUGGCAACAUGUUGGCGAAUCAUUAUAACUUCAGUGUUCACAUUCAAUGGGAUCUUUGCCGCCGUCUUAAAUCUAAUAACUGAGAUUUUUUUAAACAUUGGAUCAAACCUUUGUGCUCAAAAAUUCCUGCAAAUACACUGGCAAUAUGUCCUGCUAAAAUUUUGCUUAGAAAGUAGUUUUGUGAUGGACUUUUUUGGGCCAUUUUAGUGAGCCUACCUGUAUUAAUAACAUACACACAGCCUCAGACAUGGGGGUUGUUAAUAACAUGCAGUCUGCAAUAUGUCUCCUUAAGUCUAUGGAUAGUCUUUCAGUGAAAAACUCAGCAAAAAUAAGUACGAGCAAUAAGCGUCUUAGCAUCUUUGAUGUUGCAGUACAAUGUACGUAAUAAUGAUUCGGAAGGAAUAUAAUAAAAGACCAUUAUGUGGAUCAUUUGGCAUAAUUAUCAUAUUUGUUAUUCUGAUGAAUCACUCCCCAUACGAAACAUGCUGUAAAAUUGUUUCACCUUUCUUAUCUGACCGAGUGUAAAAUAUGGUCUAAGUCUCCCCUUCUGUUAUUGAGGCACGAUAAUAAGUAAAUUUCACGAUGAAGCUGACCAUCAUUUUAUCCUUGUACACAUGUUGGUCGAAUUUAUCCAGAAUUUUAGUAUGAGUUCACAGUGACCUUUGACCUUUGGCAACUAAAUUCUGAUCGAUUCAUCCUUGAGCCCAAGUUUGUGACAGACUUAAUGAAGUUCACUCUAGGCAAUCCUGAGAUGUCGCAUUCAAGGCCAAAUCUGAAAACCCAGAAACAUAACCUCUGGCCACAGAACAAAUGUUUUAAGACUUAACUAGAUAGUUCCCCAGCCUGGGCCAGUAGCUACUCUUGAUUAAAAAAAAAAAAUAAAAUAAAAAAAAUAACCUAAAUGUGUCAAAAUGAAUUAAAUUUGUGUUAUUUUGUGUUUGCCCACGUUAUUUUUAAAGGUGCCUGUGUGCCUCUUUCACCACUAGAGGUGCUGUAGAGCAGUGUUGUUAUGAGAAAGCGUUUCAUUUGUGUCUUGUGGUCCACCAGCAUUUUGAGGACGCGCAAAAAAGGGAAAAUGGCUUGAAGUCAGGGGUGACGUUGUACCUGUUACACCUGUAGAAAACAUUAAUGGCUGGUGAUGAUAACGUUAAUGUUACACUUUAGAGAGAAAACAAAACUUUGUUUCCAGACGUUUUGUCCACUACAAAUAUGUCCCAACUUCUGCUCUUCCCUCAAGUGAAAUCUUCAUCAGACUUUGAGAUUUCAUAUUAUUCCUGUUAUUUUCCUGAUCCUCUCUAGUCCAGUAGAAAUAGUUGUAAGGCCGCCCCAAAGAUCCCAAAGAAUCCUGCUGAUAAAACCAAUGCAAUAACAGUUAUGUGAUCUAGUAAAUGUCAUUCUCUACUGAUGCAUCUCUGAGCUACAUACUGUAUGUUCUGAGGAAGGAGCAAUAAAAAAAACAUCAACUCUU